UAAAACUAAUCCCUUUGAAACUCACUCUAGUCCAAGAGAACCUGAAAUUCCAGUAGGAGAUACACCAUCCCAUAGCAUUGAUCAGAACAAAGAGAAGAUAUCUACCCCUGAUGUUGGAGAGGAUAGACAUUCAGCUCAAAACUAUCAUCACAGAAUUCAAACCACGAUGGAAUAAAAUACGUUGCUACAGGAUAUAACAAGAAGAAAGAGAUGGUCAAGCUCUUCAAAGAAAUAGAUGAAGGCGAAGACAACCAAGAAGCUUUCUCAGAUGUCGAUGUUCGUGAGUAUUGGGACAACAUUAAACGAACAGCUGCAGCUGAGAAUAAGAUUAUUAGUCAGAUGAUGGGAUUAGGAGAUGAUCGAUGGAAUUAAUGGAACCAUGGAGGACAACUAUAAAGCAAAUGUCCUUCAAGUUCUUAAUAAGGAGAAAGAAGAAGCCGAAGGCGAAGACUUAGAAGAAUUUGAUAUAGAACUACAUACACCAAAAUAAUGAAUUUGAGGAAAUGCUCCACAGGAAAAUUUUUGAGCUGAAUCAUCUUCAAGCUGAAUUUCAUAAAGUUCAACUACAGCUACAGAAAGAGAAGAAUUUGAGACUGAGAGCCGAUGAAGAGGUAUCUAGACUAAAUAAACAACAUGAAGAUGAGAAGAAGAACUUGGCCUUGAAUAUCAAAACUAAAAUUCAAAAUCAUUAUGAACGAAAAGUUAUGAAUGUAGGGAUAAUGUAUAAGAAAGAAAUGAAUCACCUUAAUAAGCAAUUCAGAGACCUUCGUAUUGACUUAAUGGGAGCAGAAUAUUUGAUAGGUAAAAUAUUCGGAAUGUUCAAGGACCAAGAGACUUUGCUCUCAUAUAUCAGAACGAGGAUAAAAAUUAACUUUCAGGGAGAAAUGAAUAUCAGAGAAGUUGUCGGAAUGGACACAGCUAAAACUUCAUUUCAGAAAAAGAUCUAUAAACUCGACCAUACUGAGGUUCGAGACCAAUUAAUAAACUUAAACGAUCGUUACGAAGACCUUGAACGGACAUACCAUCUUUCUAAAGAUGUAAGUGAGGCUAUGACAGAUGAAUGGCGGAGCUCAGAGAUCCGUGCCCGAAAGUUUGAGAAACUCUAUAACCAAGAAAAAGCUUUACACCAAGACCACGUCAAUUCACUCUUGAAAGAAUUCGAAGAGAAGGAACGAAAAUGGCAAGAGGAGAAAUAAGCAACAAGACCAUCAAUUUGAUGGAUACAAAGAGAAUAUAAAAUAAGGAGAUCGAGAUCAAAGAUAAGAUCAUUGACCGAUAUUGGAAAUAUAUCCAUGUAAUGAGCAAAGAAGUCACAAUUGCUAAAAAUGUUAUCAAGAAUCCGGAUUUAAUGAAACAAGCAUUAAGAACAAUGAAUUUUAGUCAAUUCGAACUUUAUAAAUACAAUAAGUGUAAUAAUAAGAGCCGGAGUGUUCGUUCUAGCAUUUGUCAGACAAGAAAAGUGAAUGAUAUAGGGAAAUUGCAGCCUAAAUAAGGUCGAUAUAGUUGCGCCAAGAAUUAAUGUUCAUGAAAAAGAUAGUAAAUUUAAUAUUGCAGAAAGAUUCUUCAAUCAAUCAAUGACUAGUAGAUCUAUUAAUACAAGUGAAAAGAGGACUAAACCAACUAGCAUAAGUUUUAGAAAACGUCUAAGAUCUGUGGUAGAAGGGAGGACAAAGAAUGAAAUCAACCAUACUUCAAUAGAGCAGCCCAAUCGGGCAUCUCCUUUAAAUAUCAUUACUAACAAGAAAGUGUUUGGUAUCAGAAACAAAAGAAAUUCAGUGUGUACUCCUAAAGGAGGGCAGUAUGCCUUUAACUCAUCAAUCGGACUUUCUCAAUUGAAGUCAUAAAGUUCAAUAUAA